AUGGCGACAGCAAACUUCACAGCCGAGGAUUGGAUCACGGAACCUCAGAAUAUGGGCAGGAAAUUCGAAUUUGCGCGUGCCGACGGAAAUCAGCCAGAUUUAUUGCUUCCAAUCACCAAGAUUCAAUCAUGGGCACCAGGCAAAGUCGCUGCUCGGCAAGCAAAACGCGGCCACGACCACAACGAUUUUUACCAGCCAAUUAUCGAUAAAGAUGAGUUCAGAGUCAUGGAGCUCAAGCCCGGAGUUGGUGAUGAGGACCUGCGGGGUGCCUUGCAUCACUGUUCAGUCGAGUUCGUGAGAACGCAAGAGGAUCUAUUUCUGCAUACACCGUACACUCCAGACGAUGAAAGGUAUACGCAACGAUUCGCCUUGUCAACGGACGACUAUAUCAAGCCCGUGCUAUAUACAGCGCUUAGCUAUACCUGGGGCAAGCCUGAUCCCAGCACCGACACCACGAUAGACUGUGAAGGGCACAAACUCAAGAUUACAAAAUCUCUCGCCACGGCCUUGAAGCAUUUUCGACAGAAAGACCACUCCAUAUUGCUCUGGGUCGAUCAAAUAUGCAUCAACCAGCUGGACAGUCAAGAAAAGAUUCAACAGAUCCCGCUCAUGAGUAGUAUUUAUCGAUAUGCAACGAAUACGUCCAUCUGGCUUGGGGAAGCAGAUUCGGGAUCUACUUUGGCGAUGCAGCUCCUGGAUGACCUGGGAACUCGCCUACAAUUCAGUGAAGCUAUUGACAUCAACCCUCGCGAAUUCGAGCGUAUGCAGCUCCCUCAGCCCGAAUCCAGACAAUGGCAAGAUCUGAUGAAUCUGCUCGGGAGACAAUGGUUCUCGCGUCUUUGGAUCAUUCAGGAAGUCAUUCUGUCCAGAGCUCCAUGGGUACUCUGCGGUGAUUACCAUGUGCACUGGAGUGUGAUUGAGAAUGGUUGCCAUCAGCUCACCACAUCUGGCAUGUCCAAUUGGUUGCAACGAAACUUGACUGUAGGUGGUAGUCACGCCGACACAUCGCAAGGCCGCAGAGAUCAUUUUGGGAGUAUCAUGGACCUGAGCCACGCAAAAUUCAGGUAUGACUCCUUAGCGCGAGGUCCCCGGCUCCUCAGUCUCCUCGUGUCAACACGCAACGCCGAGUGCUACGACGCUCGGGACAAGGUCUACGGCCUGUUGGGUAUUUGUGCCGACGACGAUGUAAAGUCUGUCGAAAUUAGCUACGCCGACAAUUGGCCAGUGGCAAAGCUCUACCAUGAUAUGACAGUCAAGCUAUUACGGUCGGGAGAAUCACUGAGCUCCUUCAUUUAUAGCGUCGAUCAUGAAAGUCCCGACUUGCCCUCCUGGGUGCCGGACUGGAGAGUGGCUCGUCAAACUACCGCCUUGGGAUACUCUUCUUUCAUGCUCAACGUCUACCAGGCAAGUGGCGAACUGCCGAGAAACAGGGAACCAGACUACAACUACACUAUCCUAGACGAGAACAACACUGAACUGCGAGUACGAGGUACUUUUGUCAACAAACUUGGCCAAAUUGGCGAUCACUUGUCCGACCCUGACAUCUCCUAUGUCAAUCCGUCCACCACCAACAAGACUCUUUUGAGUGCUUACAAGUUCGUUCAUUCGAACCUUGAGCAUUGUAGUGACUCAGUUCGGGAAGAAAUGUUUUCGACCUUUUGGCGCACUCUUGUAGCCAGUCAGGACGCGGACGGCAUGCGGCACUGUCCCGACUCGUUUGCAGAAAUCUUUAGCUUGCUUCUAGAUGAAUCGACGAAUCAAUCUCCCUCCCUGCCAGGACAGACGUAUUCGAAAAGACAAACGCUGCCAAAAGGCAGAGGAAAGCUCGAGUUGCAAAGCUUGGAAUCGCGAAAAGCGGGACAGACUUUCCAAGAAAUUCGAAAAGUCUUUAGACGCGUAUUGCGGAAUAGGCGUCUUGGUAUCCUAGGAAAUGGCCUCUUAGGCCUGUUUCCCAGACAUUGCAGGAGCGGGGACAUGGUGUAUGUGAUAUACGGAUGCAUUACUCCCGUCCUCCUGAGGCCCGUGGAGAAUGAGAAAGGAAAGUUUCAAUUAGUGGGAGAGUGCUAUGUUCAUGGCAUCAUGCGUGGAGAGUCGUUGAAUCCGACGCAAGACACCAUGGAAGAGAUCAUUCUAAAAUGA